AUGAAGUUUACUCUGUUUCUCAUCGCCAUAGGUGCAGCACUGGCAGCGCCGUCUGAGGUAUUCAUGAAGGAUGAGAAUCUCUAUUGCUGGGACUUGUGUAGCUUUGAAGAGCGCAAAUGCCCCGACCAGAUGUUUCCGAGCUUCAAGGAUCCAUGCUGGACGUGUUGCGGGUACAUUAUCUAA